UUGACCAAAAUACAGCGAGCAAUAAGCUGAUUGUAAAUUUUCCUUCAUUAGCAAGAAAUGCUUCUCUUGCGGUAAUGUAUGCUUUAAUUUCCUUUCAGAUUGGUCCGACCAGUGUUUUCUGAAAGCCUGAAUUUGAUUUGCAGGUUUUACCCUAUUUCUUGGAUUCAUAAUUGACCGUAUGCAUCACUAUCUCCAAAAGCUUAUUGGAUUGAGGAGUAGCGUGGGAGCUUCAAAAGAGGAAGUUGAAAGGCUUCAGAAGGAAAAGACGGAACUUAAAGAAAAAGAAGAGAAAGCUUCCAAGGAGAUAAAGCGGCUGCAAGAAGAAAUAGCUUCUCUAUCAGAGAAUUUGAAGAAGGUGAAGCUAGAAUCUGAAGAGAAAGAUAAGAGAGUUGAAUCUGCUGAAAGCCAUGUUGCUGCCCUUCAAAAACAAGCCGCAGACCUACUUCUUGAAUACGACCGUCUAUUAGAAGACAACCAAAAUCUUCAGACUCAGGCUAUGGGAUAUAGAUAGGACUUAAUUCUAAAAGACACCAAGGUUUAGUCUUGGUAGUUAAUUUUGGUCACUAGUAACGUUGAUGAAAAUCCCAUGUUUCAAUGAAAUGGUCUUUAUUUAUUCGGCCCUGCCAUUGGGGAAAGUGGAUGGAAUAGGUUUGUUUUUUGGUCCACUGCUAUUGAAAUUUUAGUUAGUCCACCUCAAUGUUGUUCUAGUUGAUAGCCACUAUUCUUCUCUUUCAGUUUUCUGGAACAGAUAUCAUAAUUUUGUUGACUAAUUUUUUCUGUGAGAUAAAUGUUACUAGUCUGAGGUUUCGUUAUGUAUCA